UGACAGUUUCUCAACUGUCAAAGUCAAAUUUCAUAGCGGCAACAAGGGUGUUUUUGUGAAAUAUUAAUUUUAUUUUACUAUAAAAGUACUGUUAAAAGACUUCCAAAACAUUAAUGCCAUCAUUUAACAACCCUGUUAAUUAGUUUUACCUCAGAGUAAUUUAUUUGAAGAGCAAAUAUUUUUUUAUAGGUUAGGUUUGGUUGGUUUAUUUGUGGGUGAUUUGAAGUGAAGUGAAACCUGUAGCCAUGAGUGAUAGAGGGUGGAAUAGGAAUCCGAAUAGAGGCAGGCGGGGGGGCUACGGGCGAGACGGCGGGAACUUCAACUCAGGCAAUGGUCGGAAUUGGCGUGGAGGCCACAAUAAUAGAUUCCGUGACCAACCAUAUGGUAAUUCGGGGGGUUACCGAGGCGGCUUCCAGAAAAGCUCGUUCGGCGGAAGACACUCGAAUCAAAACAGAUACAACCGACCGAAGCGGGAUACGCCAGGCAAGAGGCUGUCUGAGCAAGAAAUAGGAGUGACUGAGUAUAUCAGUGAACACAGUGGAUUCAAUGGGAUUAUUAAGUCCAGAUACUCUGACUUCCAAGUGUCAGAGAUCAACGAGGCUGGUGAAGUGGCCCAGCUGACAGACCUGAGUGCCCCGGAGCCGCCGGCCGAUGAGGCGGUGGUGGAGGAUGAGGACCUGCUGCUGUGCAAGUACAAUGUGGAGCUUCUGCCCAUGGAGACAUGGGACCGGAUCAAUAAGCUGGCCGUGGCUACGGAAGCAACCUCGGAGAGAGUUGAGGUAGACGUGACAGGUAUGACCAAGGAGCAUCGGACCAAGAUCCACGAUGCAGUGAAGAAAGCCUUUGGUGACGCGAUAGUGGGCAGCACCGUGUCUGCCGCUGACAAGAAACUAGUCUGCUUUGAGAAGUAUAGGAAAGGAAUAAGAAUAGACAACCGCGUGAAGUGGGUGUGGGCGGGCGAGUACCUGCGCUUCGUGCUGCACAAGAUGAACUGCGACACCAUGGACGCCGCCGACAAGAUCGCCGACAGACUCAAGCUCAACAACGUAAAACCCUCCAUGCUAGGCUACGCCGGCACCAAAGACCGUCGCGCCAAGACCUCCCAGUGGUUCUCCCUACGUCGCGUGGAGCCGCGUCGCCUCGUCAACGCGUGUCGAGACAUGAGGGAGCUACAAGUUGGGAAUUUCAGCUUCAGUAAUACGCAUCUGAAGCUGGGCAUGCUUAAGGGGAAUAGGUUCCAAAUAGCACUCCGCAAUGUGACAGCGGAUGACGACACUAUAAACUCCGCCUGUGAAGCUCUCAAAGAGCGUGGCUUCAUCAACUACUACGGGCUACAGCGGUUCGGCACAAGAGUCGAGAUGCCCACCUAUGAGAUAGGACUGAAACUGCUGCAGGGGAACUUUCAGGAGGCAAUAAACGGCAUCCUAGAGACCCGCGAAGGGCCUCUCCAACAGGCUCUAGACACAUACCAGGCGACAGGCGACGCGACUAGAGCCAGCCAGCUCGCGCGCCGCGGGACCGAGGGCCGGCUGCUGGCUGCUCUGGGCAAGAAUAGCACUGACCUGUUGCAGGCUCUAGACAGGGUGCCCAGAAACACGCGUCUCCUCUACAUCCAUUCCUACCAGUCUCUCAUAUGGAACAAGUGCGUGUCGAUGCGGAUCCAGCGGUUCGGCCUGACCCCAGCUGUAGGGGAUUUGGUGUUGGUGGGAGACGCCAGCUGUUGUGAUACUGAUGAAGUCCUAGACGAUGAAGAAUCAGAUUCAGAGGAGAAUCAAAAUGGCGACAAGGCAGACCAAGAUGUCAGCCAAACAGAAACUAAACCAGAGGAAAAGGAAAAAACACCAGAAAAGAAACGAAACAAGAAGCAAACGCAGCCAAAACCUAAAAUACCAGUGAAAGUUCUAACUCAAGAGGACAUCGGUAGUGGAAAAUAUAGCAUAAAGGAUAUAAUAUUGCCAUUGCCAGGGUACCAUAUCGACUACCCACCGAAUAUGAAGGAGUAUUAUGAAGAGUUAUUGACUAAAGACAAUAUGACUUUGGAGAUGAGGCAUAAAAUUAAGUGCUACUCAAUGUCGGGAGCGUACCGCCACAUAGUAGUCCAUCCUACCAACAUGUCGUGGCGCGUGGCUCGCUACAGCGCGCCCACGGCCGACCUCAUCCUGUCAGAUCUGGACAAGCUGCAGGGGAAGACGCUGGAGCUGGACCCGGAGGGCAAAUACAAAGCGCUAAUACUGGUAAUGGAUCUGCCGGCAAGUUGCUACGCCACAAUGGCCCUUAGAGAACUACUGAGGGUAGACACUUCAGGGGACCAUCAGGCGUCCCAGAAUGACUACCACAAGACUGCAGAGGAAAAGAGUCAGAGCGAGGCAAAGAACGAGACAGAAGAUAAAGGGGAGAAGAGAAAGAUGGAGGAAGAAAUUGACGGGGACGCGAAAAAAGCGAAAGUAAAUGAGUAAUAAACACGGUUGUUGGUGCGA